AUGGCGAAGACAUUGAACGAUCUUCCCGAGGAACUUCUCAUUAUGAUAGUCCGAGAAGUACGGAAGCUCCGUAAGGAACCAGGUAAGAGUACAAUGGAAAGUACAAUGGACUCGACUCAGCGCUCCUUCACUGAUCUGCUCAACAUGUCCCUCACCAGCCGACGCCAUCACGCCAUCGGGAUGCCUAUGUUGAACAGCGUUCUCAUUGCCAUUAUAAGACUCUUCCUACCUCCUUGGCAUCCGAAUAUGCCCAAACUGGACACGCGUGGUAAAUCGAUCCAGCUGAGGGAAUAUGUCGAGAAUAUCCGUCUCGCUGGCCCUUUCACAAACGCCCAAGACUCCUUGGCAGCUUCCCUCGCUUACGAUGCAUACACGGGGCUUUGGACGAAUCAGUUUGAUAUCCGCCCGGAUUGGGUCCCCGGCCUGCGAGACGAUUUACAGACGUACAUGUGGCAUGAACAGACGGCUUUGUUGUGUAAACUGAAAAGCUACUAUCCGGAUUUGAUUGCUCUGAAGUUUGUUGAAGAGAGUAAUGUAUUUGAGGUCUCAACUGUUGAGAAAGAGAAUGAUGCGGUUGCAGGCGAGGAGAAUGGGGCUGUUCAAGUAGAGAAUGCGACGGGUUGA